CACAUAUAUAUAGACAUAUAUCCUAGUAUAGCUGCUAUAUCAUUCAAAAAAUAAAUUAAUAAAUAAUAUUUUCCUAGCUAUAAUAUAAUCGUUGUUUAACAAUCAUGGCUAGGGUUCAACUCAACUCUUUUAUCCUUCUGAGUAGGCGAUGUUAUGCGGUUGUAGCAGAGAAUAUUGGAAGAGGGCCGGUGGCGGUGGCGACAGCGGCGGCGAUGAGGAAGGCGGCGGUGCUGGUGGAGCCGAGCAACAGAAGUGUUGUGGAUGCGAAUAAGAAGGAAAUCUUUUGGAUGAGAGACCCAAAUACGGGAAAUUGGAUUCCAGAGAGUCAUUUUGGUGAUAUUGAUGCAGCUGAGCUACGAGAGAAGCUUCUUCCCAAGAAGAACAAUCGACUUUAGUAAUUUAUUACUACUCUUAUUAUAAUUAAGAAACGCAUAACUAUCUAAUCCGAUUAUGAAAUUUCAUAUUAUAAUAGUACUAAUUAUAUAUCUUUUGUUCCCUA